UACAGAGAUACGCCACGGAAAAUGUCUUUGCAGGCAGAAUUUGAAAAGUAUGCCGAGGACGUGAAGAAAGUGAAGUCCAGACCCACUGAUCAGGAACUGCUGGAUAUGUAUGGACUUUAUAAGCAAGUCAUCGUCGGGGACAUUAACAUCGACAAGCCAGGAAUGAUGGACGUGAAGGGAAAAGCGAAGUGGGAGGCAUGGGAUUCCAGAAAAGGCAUGUCAAAAGAUGAUGCCAUGACCGCCUACAUCGCUCUGGCCAAGGAGACCAUAGAGAAAUACGGAAUGUGAUGAUAACGAGUAGAUUUGCUUAGUAGUUGAAACUUCUUUCAGCAUAAAACUGUCACGCAGUUGAGCUCUUUCUAAGUCCAUACAGUUGUAGAUGAUGAAGUUUUAACAUUUUCCCUACUUUAAUGUUUUCUCUAAUUUGAGUAAUAAUGUUCUUUGAUUUUUUUUAUACA